AUGACUUCUCUCCUCUUUCUUUCUUACAUGUCUAUUGAUCUGCCCUAUCAAAUAUCAUUAGAGUUCAGUAGGACACUCUUAUAUUUUGUAUACACAAGUCUGAAAGAUACAAUAAAAGCUAUCACUUUUAGUAACUUUUCAAGCCGCAAGGAAAAAAUACAUUGA